AUGAACGGCAUGAGUGGAUCAUCUCCUGCAGCUCCGGCACCUUCACCGUCGGCGUUCUUCCAACACCGCCGCCAUCAUCACGGUGGCAUGAUGCAUAUGACUUUCUUUUGGGGGACACACACGGAGGUUCUAUUCGACGGCUGGCCAGGGACUAGUCUAACCAUGUAUUGGGUCUGCCUCGCCAGCAUUUUCGUCUUUUCCGCAUUGUCGGAGUGGAUGUCGCGGUGCGGGGUCAUGAAAACCGGUUCGGCUAGCUUUGGCGCGGGGCUUAUCCAGACGGUGGUUUACACCGUGAGGGCUGGUUUGUCUUAUUUGAUCAUGUUGGCUGUGAUGUCAUUCAAUGGAGGAGUCUUCUUGGCUGCAAUGGCUGGUUUUGGAUUAGGGUUUAUGGUUUUUGGAAGUAGGUCUUUUAAGGACACUGGUAGUAAUAACAAUCACACCGAGGUUCAGUCACAUUGUUAA